UAAAAAGGAUAGUUAGUUUUAAGGUAUAUCUGCAUAUUAAAUUGAAUUGGUUUGAUUUAAAUAUUUAAAGUGAUUUGAUAUAAAAAAAGAAACGAGAGAAUAUUAUACAUAUACGAAACCACCGCGUGCUGUGGCCUUUCCCACUCAGGCGCCAGCCGGUCGUCAUCCAUCAUGGUGAGUGACGUCACGCGUUGCUAUUGGAGCUCCAAGGAUCACGUGGUUAGUUAAUUUCGAGCCGAGGGCGUUACCGUUCGGAGUAAGAGAGAGCCUCGUAUAGUAGGGGAUUGGAAAAAAGAACUCCAAUGUAAUACCUAGUGCGUUACAAGUCCCCACCGUAAACUCCGGCCAACUUAUAGAGCUUUCGAGCUUCGGAAAAAUUAAUGAUCAUGAGUUCGUUUUUAAUGAACCCCGUUUCUGGAGCGUUGCCGUCGAGUUACCAGCCGGCCCAGCACAUAUCCGGCGGCGUGGUGGUCGAUCCGAAAUUCCCGCCGAGCGAGGAAUACAGCCAGAACAGCUACAUCCCGUCCUCUACGGAAAACUUCUUCGGGAAUCACCACUUGAACCAGCCCCAGCACCACCUGCAAUAUGGCUACCACAACCACCACCAGACGACGUCGUACGGGUCGGGCGGGAUGCCGCUGUCGGGCACAGGAUAUGGAAGCUACGGUAAUUACUACCACCAUCAGCUGCACCACGCACCACCUAUACAUUCUCACCAAAUCCGGCCGCCUCUGCAGCUGCACGACAGCCAGAAUCUCGUCAAUUGCGGAAGCCUGCCGAACAGCCAUAAUCAAUCGAGUGUCGGUGGUACCACGAACAUUCUGCAAAAUAUCUCGGACAUUUCAGCGAACGUUACGCAACCUAGUGAUGUGAACUCUAGUGUGUGUAGUCCUGCGUCGGCGGGACACGGACAAGAAUCGAGGGGCUCGCCCCCGGGACAUUCCUUGCAGGAAUUGGGACUGAGACUGGAAGAUAGUGUAUCCGAACCAGAUGACAUCGAUGAUCAGGGUAGUUCGACGAAUAAUGACGAAGAUGAUGACGAUGAUGUCGAUGGCGAUAGGCAGAUUUAUCCCUGGAUGAAGAAAGUCCAUGUAGCAGGAGCGUUUGGCAAUUCUCAAGAAUUAGCAUCCCAUAGAACAACUGGAGCGUUCGCUCCGGGCAUGGAACCGAAACGGCAGAGGACAGCGUACACCCGCCACCAAAUCCUAGAAUUAGAAAAAGAAUUCCACUACAACAGAUACCUGACCAGGCGAAGGCGGAUAGAAAUAGCGCACACUUUAGUCCUAUCCGAAAGACAAAUCAAAAUCUGGUUCCAGAAUCGCCGGAUGAAAUGGAAGAAAGACAACAAAUUGCCCAACACGAAAAACGUCCGCAGGAAAACGAAUCCGGCCGGCGUAACGACGACGACGGGGGGCGGCAAGUCGGGGGGCAAAGUUCGAGGGAAAACGCAGAACUCGACUGCGGGAAAUAACAACGAUAAGCGGAAAAACAACAACAGAGAUAUGGACGGACUGGGCGAGAAUAUGCUGGACAUGUCGUUGAGCGGCCAGCAUCAGAUUUCUCACGCUCAUCCGAUGCCGCCGACCAGUCUGCACCACGGAAUGCUCCACGCCGAUUCCGCCAUGCAUAUUGGAUCGUUAGGAUCGUCGCUCACUCCCAUGCCGUCGUCGCCUGGAUGCGGACCGGGGGGCGUCCCUGGAACGCCGCAGCCGGUUAUUAAAUCCGAUUAUGGACUCACUGCUCUCUAAAAGUGAGUAUAAGCUCAAUAUGUAGGAAUUCGAACGAAAUUCGCAUAAUAGUGGGAUUACUUACAAAUUAUCUAUUAUUCUUCAAUUGAUUUUAAUAUAGGUAUAAGGUUGGAAAUUGAUUGUGUUAUAGCCUUACCGAAUCGAUAACGUCAGAGAUAAAGGGAAAUUAAUGAGUGCAUAUUUUUUAUAUUACCCAUAUACCUAACCAUUUGUUUAAUAAAUACCCCGUAUGCAGAACAUUACAUUCGUGUAGAGUUGAUAAUUAACUUCAUAGCCAUGAAAUACGUUCUAAAUCUUUCGAACCGAAAUAAUUUAAGUACCUCUACGUGGAAUUUACCUAUAAAUCAAUAUCGAUUGAUCAAUAAAUCACGGUAAGUAGUUCUCGAGUUCUUUGAGUUCUUUGAGUCCUUUGAGUUGGUGUGUUAUAACAAUAUAAUUAAUUAUGGCCCCAUUAUGCGAAUUUCUAUUUAAUAAUUAAUUUAUAAAUAACUCACUGACAAUAUGAAAAAUUAUUCGCUCUAUAAACAUGAAUUGUGUCACGAUGAAUAAUUUUAGUGUUUAAUAGCGGGGAACUCUGUUGUGGUAAAUAUAUUUUUUUUCGUUUCCAGUCAUAUUUUCGUUGUUAAAUGGUUUUUCUGUAUUAUGCGUUUCAUUGGAUGGAUGAGUGUUAUAUUUUCAUGUGAAUAUAAGACAUAUUAAACAGUUGCUGAAAAAAUAGGGAUCAGGUUUUUUUAUAAAAUUCCAAUAAUCUAUACCAAUAAAUUAAUAUUCUUGGAGAAAAUUCUUCAGUGUAUAAAGAAAAGGCCCACUUACAGAAGAAGUAAAUUCAUCCGUCUUUUCUGGGUCAUUUAACACUUUAUUGUUUCCCUUAGUUAUUUUAUAGAAAAAUACGAUUACAGAUGUUCUAUACUUAAGUAUUUACUUUCAACAAAUUACAAUUGCUGUCUGGUGAGUGAGUUCCUAUCAAACAAAUUAUCUUCCUUCUUGUUAUUGCAUAAUGAAGUACUUUUGAUUGACUGGUAGAUACUCCGAUCUGACAUUGUGAUUUAAAAAUAUUCGUUUGUCAUAUUCUGUGAAUCAUCAAAUUUUACGAUUGGUUAACUAUGUACUUUAUUUUAGUUGGCAUUGCAACUUACGAUCAUAUCUGACUUAAUUUCUGCAUCUAUUUUACUUUCACUCAGCUUUCCCUGCUUUAUUAUUAACUGCAGAUCGUGAAGAUAGCAAUAUUUUUCCAGCGAUUGUUGUUUGUGGAAAAUUGAAGUCGAAUUCGAAUAAACCUGACCCUAGAAUUUCAGUGAACCGUAGAGUGCCAUUUUAUAUUUACUAUUAAGUAUAAUUGUUUACGCAUUGUUACCUAUGUAUUAUUUUUGUUACGAAUUUCAACCUGAAAUACAUGUUCUGAAUCACAAUCACACAAUGUUAAUUAGAACAAUUAACUAAUAUACGUAAGUAUUUCACAAUAAUGAUAUACCUAUUUGUAAUAAUACACAUUCGCAUUAUUUCUCAGGGUAUUUACUAUUUUUUUAUUAACUUUAUGUUUUGUAAGUGGAAGAGUCAGUUGACAAAGUAUUUUUUAGAAUAAUACGUACUUUUGAUUUUUUUUAAUCAGUUAUAAUAAAAAAUAAAAUAGAAAUUACAUGAAGCAUCUAUUAUCUACCUAAUCAGAAUUUUGAAACUGUUGUUUAAAAUUUUUAAGAUAAUAAUCACUAAAUAAUACUUUUGUCAAAAUAGAGUCUUUACAGUUUUAUUUAUUUUAAGUGGUAUUGUCUACUUUUUUGGUAUCUAUUUGAUAUUGUGCAUGUAUUUUUGAGGUUAUUUAACCCAGUGUGAUCCUAUGAAAUUAUAAGUUAUGUAGAAAUAGAAAUUGUAUAUAUGAAUAUUAGAAAUAAAUAUGUAUACUUCUAAUGUUGUCUUUUUUAUCAACAAAUGU